AUGAGUCUUUCCCAAUCCGUCUCCCUCUGCGUGCCUUAUGCUGCUGACAAGUUCCAUGACAUGACGGGGCUGGUUCUUGGACCGAAUCAACGAGGAUUGGAGUACGGGCGCCCCCCUCACCACAGACAGGGCCCUCCGUCAUAAGUGGCUGUUGAUGCCGGCUGUUCUCCAUCAGCUCCGCCUUGACCCCAAACUGAUGUGCAUCCUUGUUUUUGGACUAAGGCGUUAGUGACCAUGGAGAAGUUUGUCUGUGGGGCUUAUAACCGAUGCCAGUUUGAACUCUCCACUCUCUUCCCCCAGACGAUUACCGAUGGCGACGGACGAGAGGAAGACGAGGGGAUUUGCCUGCCUCGAGUCGGGUUGAGAUUGUACCUCACACCGCACACAACAUAUCGCCUCCAGCAGCACGUUUUUCCUAGCGCCAGGCAGAGCAGCAGGCCACGAGAAUCAGGCAGGGGCAGUUCGCCAUUUGGCCCAAUGCGCCAUAGCUCAGAAGCCGUAGAAUCUUCGUUCCAUCAAGCCCUGGCCCCCAAGAGGCCUAGACCAGAGUCACUUGGAUCGCUCUCGGCCCAAUCAGCGCAUCGAGAGUGUGAAGAAGCGUUUGUUGGGCUUGUUGCAAGGCUCUUUGGCACGAUUCAUGCUGCUGCUGUCUCCAGUCCAUGUCCAGUCACUGCUCAUCCUUUGCUUCUUUCAGCAGGCCGUUUCCGAAGCACCCGAAUGGCGAUCGGGAACGGGAAUCUGGCUGAUGUCACAGUUGCACCAAGAUGAGCAAGAGCCGCGCAAGAUGCAUGUCCAUGUCCAUGUCCAUGCUUGUC